CUAAAGAAUCAGCCCACUCCUGGCCAGUAUGCCGGUCGCUUUUUAGGCUGUUGAUACUGAUGGCGUUGCUGAUGAUAAUUCUGUACUUUUAUCACACAAAGAAUGAGGAAGAAUCAACCUUAAGAAUAGAGGCAAAUUGGAAAAGUUACCAAUCUCCAGCGUCUUAUUCCAUAAAUUUACAACAAAAUGAGAAUGAAACAUCUCUUUGGACAGACAGACUGUUGCAAUGUGGCUACCAGAUUCACAGCUUCACCCCUGAAGAAAGGUCAGAGGGGACAUUCCUUAUGAAAAUGAUCGAAUGGCCAAAACCACCCAACCCUGCUGUGCCCUUUCAGAAAAGCAGCGACCCAGCACAUGUCCGCUUUGUAAUUUUAAAUUCUACAAAGACUUUCUACGUUGGGGAUCAGUUACAAGUGAUGCUGCAAAUGAUUGAUUUUGAAGGCCACCCAAAGCAAUAUGGGGGUGACUAUCUCCAAGGCCGGAUCCACACCCCAGCUUUAAAAGCUGGUUCAGCAGGAACAGUUGUAGAUAACCAAAAUGGAUUUUACUAUAUAAAUUUUAAUUUAUCUUGGCCAGGGAAAGCUGAAGUGUCUGUUUCCCUCGUUCAUCCCAGUGAAGGGAUCCAAGUGCUUGAAAGGCUACGCGAAGAACGACCAGAGAGAGUAUAUUUUCAAAGCACCUUUGAAUCAGGAGCUAUCACCGAGACCACUGUGUGUAACCUUUGUUUGCCUCAAUCUAAACCACUUUGUAAUUUCACUGAUCUCAGGACAGGGGACCCCUGGUUCUGUUACAAACCAGAAAAGCUUCCCUGCUCUGCUCGUAUCAAUCAUGCAAUGGGAGGUUAUGAGCAGGAACUCUUAAUGCAAGACGAAGAACAUUUUUUCCAAAGUGGGGUCAAUGUCAAGAAGUCCAUAUUACCCAGUGGUGCAGCUUAUGUGAUUGUAAAGCCUUCACCUCGCACAGUGAAAUAUUUAAAUGCUUUAUCUUUAUUUUCAGGCACAGGGGUUGGAAAAUGUGUCCCUGGUAAGCCUCUGCUUUCACCAUCUGGAUUUUAUUAUCAGGACCAGUGGAUGUCAUCAAGCUGUAACGUUCAGCGUUUCAACACACCUGCAAGUAUAACAGACUGUCUCCGUGGGAAAAAAGUUUACAUUUUUGGAGAUUCCACUAUACGCCAGUGGUUUGAAUAUUUGACAGGAUUUGUACCAGGUCUGAGGGAAUUUGAUCUCGGCAAUUCUAAAAAAACCGGCCCUCAUCUCGCUUUGGAUAUAGACAACAAGAUCAAAGUGGAAUAUUAUGCCCAUGGCAAACCCAUCCGAAUCUUACCCAUUUCGAGUCAGGAUCUACCAUUCAUUGCAAAUAAACUGGAUGAGAUUAAAGGAGGAAAGAGCACCAUUAUAGCCUUCACCAUAUGGUGUCAUUUCAACACUUUUCCAGUUGAACCGUACAUCCGAAGGCUCCAGAACAUCCGCAGGUCAAUUCUACGAUUGCUCGACAGGAGUCCAGACACACUGGUUGUAAUAAAGACUGCCAACGUCCAGGCCCUUCCACGGAACGUCAGUCUCUACAACAGUGACUGGUAUUCCUAUCAACUAGAUUUAGUGAUGAGAAAGAUGUUUGAGGGCAUCAGCGUGGCAUUUGUGGAUGCCUGGGAGAUGACAAUAGCACAUUAUCUGCCACAUGACUUACAUCCCCAGCAAGUCAUUAUAAAGAAUGAAGUAGAUGUGUUUCUUUCAUAUGUAUGUCCUUUGGAAAAGAGUUAA